UGUAUUUCAAAUCGGUUUUAGCAUCUUCUUGUCCAGUGCUACACGAAUUCUGCUGGGAUUCUGAUCGGGAUCCUGUUGAAUCUGUAGGCAAUUUGAGGAGAGCUGACAUCUUAACAACACUGUGCCUUGCAUCCACCUAUUGACGUGUCCUUCACUUCGUUUCAGCACCAGUCUGUAGUUUUCUGUACACAGGUAUUGGCGGGGAUGUGGAGAAACUGGAACUCAUAUAUUCUUCUUGGGAUAUAAGAUGUUGAAAUCACUUUUGGAAACAGUUUGAUUAAAACGAAACAACACAACAUGCCAUUUACCACGUUGUCCAGCUAUACAACUCCUCAGUAAUUUUACGGGAGAAAUUAAGAAAAAGGCAUGGGGGAGGGGAGAGAGGGAGGGGCGGGAGUGGGCCCCACCCCCACCCAGAGGCCCAGCCCAGUCAGCUGCCCCCUUGGAGCCGCAGCCUUGCAGCCCUGUGGCAGGCAGCAGAGGCAUCCUGGCUCCCGGCUAAGCCCAAUGCGCUCCGCUACUGCAAGGGUCACCGCAGGGAGCCGCUGCAGAACAGGCGGAGAGCUAGGGCCGAGGCCGGUAGAAGCGGCAACACCCACACCCCCCACACACCUCCCCGCAGCCCCGAGAUGGGAGAACCGCCAAUCUUCACGAUCCGAGCGCACGUCUUCCAGACUGACUCCAGGACCAAGGCGAUCUGGGUGCCCUUGAGCCAACAGGCGGUCUCUGUGUCUUACUUCUACGAUGUCACAAGGAACACCUAUCGGAUCAUCAGUGUGGACGGGGACAGGGUGAUCAUACACAGCACUAUCACGCCGAACAUGACCUUCACCAAAACGUCGCGGAGGUUUGGGCAGUGGGCCGACGGCAGAGCCAACACGAUGUUCGGGCUGGGCUUCUCCUCUGAUCAGCAGCUGACCAAGUUCGCAGAGAAAUUCCAGGAGGCAAAAGAAACUGCCAAACUAGCCAGAGAAAAGUCCCAGGAGAAAACGGAGCCCUCGGACAAUCAUUCCCAAGGACCCAGAGUCGAGGGGACGGGCGAGGGAAAGGGCCCUCCCGAGGACCGCAAGCCGCAGGCUGCCGGGACCCCGAGCGCCGCGCAGGUGGGGAAGUGGGAGCUGGAGCUGCGGAUCCUGCGGGACAGCAACGCCCAGCUGAGCACGGCGCUGCAGGACUCGGCGGCCAGCGUGGAGCAGUGGAAGAAGCAGGUCUGCGCCUGCAGGGAGGAGAACGAGCGGCUGCGCCACCAGGUCGAGGAGCUGGAGACGCUGUGCCGCCAAACCGGCCGCGGGCUGGAGGGCGCCACCCAGCUGAAGCGGAGAAUUGCGGAGCUGGAGUCAGAACUCCGGGCAAAGGAGACCGAGGUGAAGGAUCUCCGCAAACAAACUGAAGUCCUACCUCAGCUCAAGUCGGAGUGUGAAUGUGUCUCUGAGAAGCUGGAGGCGGCAGAGAGAGACAAUCAAAGCUUGGAAGGCAAAGUGCGGUCUCUGAAGGCGGACCUUUCCAGGAGUAAGAACCGACAGCGCCACCUCAAGUCGGACCUGAAGCGCUUCCUGGAUGGGCUGGACAAAAAGAUCGACGACCUCCAGGAAAUCAGCCAAGGCCUGGCCGAGCUGGGCUCCGAAGACGCCUAGGGAGGGCGGCGCAGCCCCGGGCCGUGAGAACCGCAGGACUAGGACGCCGUCCGCUGACUUCUGAGACAGCAGGCGCGAUGUGUCGUGUUUCCACACUCACUCCUCUCCGGGCAGAAAUCUCCCGUCGCUGUUCUGGCCUUUGGGGCUGUGGAGAAGUACAAGAUUCUGACUCUGGAAUCCAGGACUACCUUAAAUGUUUACACGGUCAGGGCGCAGAUGUUUUUAUCUUUCUUUUUCUUUUCUUUUUUUAAAUAUCUUUCUUAACAUAUUCCUGGGCUGUUGCAAACUCAUGAAUCAGAAAAAUAAACAAGGCUCUUUUAGUCCAAAUGUCACCAUCCUUAGUGACAAGCUGUUUUGCUCCUUUGUUGAAUAGCACUCAGUAUGCAAUUGUCCACCAAGUCCAGUCUGUGGGGAUGUGGAGGAAACAACUUCUUUCAGUCAACAUGGAGAUGCUUUAAAAUAAGCCUGUAGUGGAGACCUGUCCAAAGAAAACACUUUCUGGUGGGGGC